AUGGAUUUGAAAGGAAAAAAUCUAUGUUACAAGAGAAAAUCUGUCACAAUGAAACCAUUAAACAAUGUUGUUAGUGACAGAAAAUUCAUCAUUGAUUUCAUAAUCACAACAUACCUAGGACCUGAUGUUAAGUAUGAUAAUCCAAGAUGUUCAUCACUUCAAAGACUAAUCUCAGGAUUACCAUCAUAUAAUUUGAACGAUUUAGGAUCUUCAUAUGUUUCAAUUUCUUUCUUAGAGAAAUUAUAUUACUAUCUCCUUAAAAAUGCACUUCCUGAACUUAUAUUAGAUCUUAAUAUGUUUCAUAUGUAUUUAAAGGGAAAUUUGGACCUACCCAACUCUGAAUUUUCAGAGGGUUGUCAACAAUUCACAAGUUUUUUCCCUUUGAAUCUUCAUCAACAGAUUUGGUAUCCUGAUAGCUUUAGAAUUGUUAAAGGGGUUGUUUUGAUCGAUGAUCUGAUUGUAUCGUCGUGUGUUAAAGAGGAGGAUUUGAAUAGGUUUAGGUUGUUAAGUGGCGUUGAUAGUUUCAAGUUGGAUUUAAGUGAAUGUUUGCAUGUUCGGAUUCAACCUCGUUUGAGCAAAGAAAGUGAUGGUGUUUGUGUUAACAAAUUGAGCAAAGAAAAUUGUGUUAACAAUGGGGGGUCGCAGUCAGGGAAUAUUCGACAAGAGUGUAAGAGAAAGUAUGUUGAUGAUGAUACUCCUUCGAUGCCGGAACUUCCUCAUGUUGCUAAUGAAAAUCCUUCUUCCAGCAGGAUGUGUAAAUCGGACGAGCCUUCGUUGAUGCCGCUUAUAUCUUUACCUGACAUUGACAGUUGUGUUCAAGAUCAUUCUAUUGUUUUGACGGGAACAGCCAAUAGAGGGCUGCUCGGUCCUUCUGUAGGUGUUGUGGAUAUUGGUAUUAGUAAAGUGGCAUAUCUAUUUCGAGUUUCCUUACCAGGUGUCAAGAGAGAGUACAAUCAGUUCAGUUGUGAUAUUGAAUCUGAUGGGAAGGUUGAGAUCAGAGGGUUGUUAUCUGGUAUAAGAACUAUAGCAACACAGUCGCGUGUUUUCCAGAUGAAAACCCAGCAGUUGUGCUCUCCUGGACCAUUCACAAUUUCAUUCAGUCUUCCAGGACCUGUUGAUCCAAGACUCUUUGCACCUAACUUUAGGGAUGAUGGCAUUUUUGAAGGAGUUGUUAUCAAGCUCUAGUUUUGGGCAUCUAGCUUUUGUACGUAAAUCUAAAUGUUCCGAAAGUGUGACGCACAAAUUUUGGUUUCUA